UAGUUAAAUGUGAGCUGUAGUUCCACGCGCAGGGCGACUGCGACCAGGCCUUCCAGUACUACUACCAGGCUACACAGUUCGCGCCGCCCAACUUCGUACUGCCGCACUAUGGGCUGGGGCAGAUGUAUAUCUAUAGAGGAGACACUGAGAAUGCCGCCCAAUGCUUCGAGAGAGUCCUCAAAGUCCAGCCCGGCAACUAUGAGACCAUGAAGAUCCUCGGCUCGCUGUACGCCAAUUCAGCGUCGCAGUCCAAGAGGGAUAUAGCCCGGCAGCAUUUGAAGAAAGUCACUGAACAGUUCCCAGAUGAUGUGGAGGCUUGGAUUGAACUGGCCCAGAUAUUGGAGCAGAAUGACUUACAGGGAUCCCUGAAUGCAUACAGCACUGCUAUGAAGAUCCUGAAAGAGAAAGUGAACGCGGACAUCCCUGCGGAGAUAUUAAAUAACGUAGCGGCCCUACACUACCGGCUAGGCAAUCUACACGAGGCCAAAACUUACCUCGAGGAAGCACUAGAAAGAGAGAAAGUAGACGCGGAAACCCUAGACGCCCAGUAUUACAAAUCCAUAGCUGUGACGACCACAUACAACCUGGCCAGGCUCAACGAAGCGCUGUGCAUGUACAAUAAGGCUGAGAAACUGUUUAAGGACAUUCUGAAAGAGCAUCCCAAUUAUAUUGAUUGUUAUUUGAGGUUAGGAUGCAUGGCGCGCGACAAAGGCCAGAUCUACGAAGCCUCCGACUGGUUCAAGGAAGCCCUGAAGGUUAACACGGAGCACCCGGACACCUGGUCGCUGCUCGGGAACCUGCAUCUGGCGCAGCAGGAGUGGGGCCCGGGACAGAAGAAGUUCGAGAGGAUACUACAAAACUCUUCGAACGCCAGCGACGCUUACUCGCUGAUAGCUUUGGGAAAUGUAUGGCUCCAAACGCUACACCAACCGUCCAGAGAAAAAGACCGAGAGAAGCGUCAUCAGGAGCGAGCUUUAGCCAUGUACAAGCAAGUUCUAAAGGUCGACGUCAAGAAUAUCUGGGCCGCUAACGGUAUCGGCUGCGUUCUUGCACAUAAGGGUUGUGUGAACGAAGCUCGCGACAUAUUCGCCCAAGUGCGAGAGGCCACAGCGGAUUUUCCGGAUGUUUGGAUGAACAUCGCUCAUAUCUAUGUGGAACAGAAACAAUACAUCAACGCUAUUCAGAUGUACGAGAACUGCAUCCGCAAGUUCCGCAUGCACCACGACGUGGAAUGGCUUACCUGGCUCGCGCGCGCGCACGGCCUCGCCGGCCGCCCGCAGGCCGCCAGAGCUGCUCUGCUACGAGCGAGGAGAGUCGCGCCGCACGACACGGCCCUGUUGUAUAAUGCGGCACUCACGCUGAGGCGGCUCGCUUCACAUGUGUUGAAAGACGAGAGGAGUUCGUUGGAUGUGGUGUUGAGAGCGGUACAUGAGCUACAAGUCUCCCACAAAUACUUCCAACGCCUAGCCUCAACAGAGAGCGGCGAAGGCGCCGAGCGAGCUCGCUACGAACCCGCGGCCGCCGCCGCCGAGGCUCGGACAUGCGCCGACCUGCUCUCCCAAGCGCAGUGGCAUGUUGCCAGAGCGAGACGGCAACACGACGAGGAGGUCACCAUGCGCGACCGACAGAGAGAACAGAGGGAGAACUUCAGGAAGCAACAGGAAGAAGAGCGCCGCCGCCGCGAGGAGCAACAACAGAAAAGCACCGUCGAGCAACUACAGAAGAGACAAGAGUUCAAAGAGAAGACCAAGAACGCUAUGCUCUUCGCAGAUAUGCCGCUGGAGGAGAAGAGGAAGGGGGGCAGGGGGAGGAGGAGGGACGAAUAUGUGUCUGAUUCCGGCAGCGGCAGCGAUCGGCCUAAUGAGGAGAAAAAGAAAAAGGGGGUAAAAAAGAAAAGGCUUCUAAAACGGCGGACGAGAAGCUCAGCACCAAACAGCGGCUCAAGAUCGUCUCCAAGGAAACUAUCUCCACGUCCGAGUCCGACUCGGACGCAGGCAGUCGCCGCUCGCGCAGUCGCAGUCGCAGCGGCAGUCGCAGUCGGAGCGGCAGUCGCAAUCGCAGUCCGCCCGCUAAAGGAGGCAGGAAGAGGAUUAUGUCCAACAGCGAUAGUGACAGAUCACGUUCCAAAAGCCGUUCGAAAUCCCGCAGCCGAUCUCGCUCCGGCUCAGCCAAGAGCCGGUCCCGGUCAAAGAGCCGCUCGCGGUCCAAGUCCGGCUCACGAUCGAAGAGCCGCUCCCGUUCCAAGAGCAGGUCCCGGUCGAAGAGCGGUUCAAGGUCGAAGAGCAGGUCGAGGUCGAAGAGCAGGUCGAGGUCGAAGAGUAGGUCGAGGUCGAAGAGCAGGUCGAGGUCAAAGAGCAGGUCGAGAUCUAAGAGUCGCUCGAGGUCCAAGAGUGGAUCAAGGUCCAAGAGUCGGUCUAAGAGCCGGUCGAGGUCACGGUCGAAGAGCGGCUCGAGGUCACGGUCAAGAUCAAAAAGCAAGUCGCGUUCGAAAUCGCGUUCCCGUUCCAAGAGUGGGUCGGGCAGCGGCUCGUCCCGCGCCGCCACGCCCGUCUCCAGGAAGUCCGUGUCGGCCAGCGACGACGACAACUAGCCGCACUCCUCACUCCUCGUGUCGGCCAGCGACGACGACAACUAGCCGCACUCCUCACUCCUCGUGUCGGCCAGCGACGACGACAACUAGCCGCACUCCUCACUCCUCGUGUCGGCCAGCGACGACGACAACUAGCCGCACUCCUCACUCCUCGUGUCGGCCAGCGACGACGACAACUAGCCGCACUCCUCACUCCUCGUGUCGGCCAGCGACGACGACAACUAGCCGCACUCCUCACUCCUCGUGUCGGCCAGCGACGACGACAACUAGCCGCACUCCUCACUCCUCGUGUCGGCCAGCGACGACGACAACUAGCCGCACUCCUCACUCCUCGUGUCGGCCAGCGACGACGACAACUAGCCGCACUCCUCACUCCUCGUGUCGGCCAGCGACGACGACAACUAGCCGCACUCCUCACUCCUCGUGUCGGCCAGCGACGACGACAACUAGCCGCACUCCUCACUCCUCGUGUCGGCCAGCGACGACGACAACUAGCCGCACUCCUCACUCCUCGUGUCGGCCAGCGACGACGACAACUAGCCGCACUCCUCACUCCUCGUGUCGACCAGCGACGACGACAACUAGCCGCACUCCUCACUCCUCGUGUCGACCAGCGACGACGACAACUAGCCGCACUCCUCACUCCUCGUGUCGGCCAGCGACGACGACAACUAGCCGCACUCCUCACUCCUCGUGUCGGCCAGCGACGACGACAACUAGCCGCACUCCUCACUCCUCGUGUCGGCCAGCGACGACGACAACUAGCCGCACUCCUCACUCGUGUCGGCCAGCGACGACGACAACUAGCCGCACUCCUCACUCGUGUCGGCCAGCGACGACACGAGGGGGGUGUGUAUGUCCCGUAAAAGCAAGAGUAUAAGUCCGACAAGAAAUUGUAAAAAACUAUUGAGGGCGCCACUUCCUAUGUAACUCACAUUUUUGACGCAAAAUGCUUAAACAUGGCAACAAUUUAGUAUGGCAAUUUUUUUGUUCCAUUUUAUUUAAUUUCUACAAUUUUAUGUCUCACUAUUGACCUGAUUGAAACGCCAACUUGUGUAAGUAAUUUGACUCUUUGAGCGUCAACGGCGCCACACGUGGCCGGCGUGUUGCCUCUGUUUUUAUAUACAUACCGGGAUAAGAUUACUAAAAUAAGUCGAAUUUUACCGUACUGACUAUAAUUAACUAACUCUUCUAGUAUAUCUAAACUUCUUAUUAGCUUUACUCCUGCCUGAUCUUUAUUGUUGAAUUUAAUAUCUAUAAGCAACUAUUUCUAAAAAAUAGUUUAUUAUAUUUUGCGUUGCGUCUUGGGAGAACGUGAUUCGCGUUUGACGCUCAAGGGUUAUGUAUGAAUAUGCCUACUCUAUGAAAAUGCUUUAUUUCUUUAAAGGCACCAUUGUUUGCCCUGGCAUCGUUUACUCCGACAACGUGUUGUUUAUUUAUAAAAUAAAGAUAUAUU